CGGCGUUUUAUGGCGGUAACCUAAGACAAAAUAAUAACAAAGGUACUUUACAAUUUAUCUGAAUUAUAAAACAAAAUGAAGACUGCAAUUGCCAUUAUUUUUAUGUCUUCGCUAUUUGUAUUAGUCGAAGUAUUUGAUUCAUCGGAAAAUUUUAGCAAGCCUGACACUUUUCUUGUGCUAGUACUGCAUUUACCUCAUAAUUGUCGGGUGAGAACUCAAAAAGGGGACUUAAUUCACGUGCACUACAAGGGUACUUUUGAAGACGGCACUGAAUUCGACAGCUCAUAUCCUCGAAACAAUCCUCUAACCUUUAGAUUGGGAUCUAUGCAAGUCGUUAAAGGGUGGGGACAGGGUUUAUUGUACAUGUGUAUUGGAGAGAUAAGAAAACUCAUCAUUGGCUCGGACCUAGCGUACGGCGCUACAGGAGUUCCGCCGACGAUUCCUCCGUAUACAACACUGUAUUUUGAAAUUAAGCUGGUGGCAAUAGAACGUAACCCUGAAUUAGAUGAAUUAAACAAGGCUGUUAUUCUAGGCCCACCCGAUCCUCCUAAAAAGAAGAAAUAAGAAUGCCAGACAAAAAGUUAAAUGUGCGUUUCAUAUCAUGUAAAGACACAAUACAGGUAGAGACUCAAUACUCAAUAAUUGUAUUGCUCUCCAAGUACUCGUAGAAUAGAUAUUAUAAUCAUUUUAAGAACAUUUACG